CACGCGAACGGGGCUGGCCCGAGGUCGCGGCAGGAGGGAGCCGCCGGUGAUGCCGCCGCUGCUGCUGCUGCUGCUGCUGGGGCCAGCGGCGUGGGCUGCCCCCAGGGCCGGCUCCAACAGGCCCGAGCCCCCCGUGGCUGCAGUCGUGGACCCGUACCCUGACCCACUGAGCCCGGAGUCGCCUGCACUGCUGCUGCUGAGGAGCGCCGUGCGGAGCCUGGGGCCCCCGGAGCGGGACGUGGAGGCCAUGACACGGGAGCAGGCCCUGCUCUACCUCUUCGUGCUCCACGACCACGACCAGAGCAGGCGCCUGGAUGGGCUGGAGCUGCUGCAGUUACUUGGCACGGUGCUGGCACAGGCUGGGGGGCAGCCUGACCCUGACAUGGUGGCUGCACUGGUGGACCAAGCUCUGGCAAGGCAGGACCUGAAUGGGGAUGGGCUGCUGGACCCCUCUGAGCUGCUGGACCCCCCCGAGGUGCUCUUGCCUGGUCAGGACAAGGGUCCCCCAGAACAGCCCCCACUAGAGCAGCAGGCAGGGGUUGGGGCUGUGCCUGGCGGGGGCACGGAGAUGCCAAGGCAGGACCUGGGGUUGAAAAGCCCAGGACAGGCAGCCACUGAGCCUGGAGACCCCCAGACUGGAGACCCUGAGGCUGGAGACCCCCAGACUGGAGCCCCUGAGGAUGGAGACCUCCAGACUGGUGCCCCUGAGGAAGAAGACCCCCAGACUGGAGCCCUUGAGGAUGGAGCCCCCAAGAUGGAAUCCCUUGAGGUGGAAUCUCCCAAUGCUGAGGCCUUGGAAGCAGAAAUAAUUCCUGAGGCCAAAGCCCCCAGUACUGAUACCACAGAGGAAGAGGAAGCCCCUGAGGCUGAAGCCCCUGAGGAGCAGGCAGCCCCAGCCUGGAGGGACCAUGGGGAGGGGUAGGCACUGGGGGCUCUGGGAUGCUACUCCCUGCCCUGCUCAGGGCACAGAGGGGCAGGGGAUGGCCAAGCAGGGCUGGGGU